CAUACAGAAGCAACUAUAUCUCUAUAUAUCUUCAAUUGAAUCAGUUUGUUAGGAGCAUAACAUGUUUGUAGCUCAGUUUUCAAUAGAGAAAGAAUUCGAAAAAAUACCACGUCUAAAGUCGGAAGAUGUUGAAACAAUACGAAAUUGGCUGAAUACACAGCCACAUCUUCCAUACCACCACAUUACUGAUCUUGAGAUAGUUUUGGCUUACUAUUGUUGCGAAUAUAACAUGGAGUUGACAAAACAGGUGAUCGACCUCAACUAUACUCUUAGAACAAUGUUCUCUUUCUAUUCAAACAGAGAAAUAAACAAUUCGUUGGAACUUGCUCUUCAUACGUGGUUAAUAACACCACUAAAGACAAUGACAGCUCAAGGAUACCGAGCUAUUUAUUGUCAAUUGUUAGACGAUGAUCCCAAAAAAUCGAUUUAUAUUGACGUAGUAAGGGCUUUUGUAAUGAUACUUGAUCUUUGGCAGUACGAAGAAGGAACUGUACCCGGAAUAAUCAUAAUUGUAAACAUGGAUAAAGUGACACUUAAUCAUAUAACUCGCAUUGAUCUAAAUGUAGCACAAGAGUUCUUCUACUUUAUACAGAAGGCUAUGUUUAUGCGCCUUAAGGAAUUUCAUUUUAUAAAUGCACCGAUUUUUGUGGAUAAAAUGCUGGCUAUGAUGAAACCUAUAAUGAAAAAGGAGAUGCUGGACUUGUUGAAAGUUCAUCAAGUGGGCUCUAAUACUUUACAACAAUGUAUUCCUCUGGAAACGUUACCAAAAGAAGCUGGAGGCUAUAAUGAAAGUUGUCACGAAUUAAGAGAUAAAACAUGGAAUAAAAUAAAAGCUAAUAAGAUGUUUUUUGAGGAAGAAUCAAAGAAACGGGUAGACGAGUCGAAAAGGCCUGGUCAGCCUAAAACAAUUAGUACUAUUUUCCCAGGAUUGGAAAAAUCAUUUAAGAAUUUGGAAAUUGAUUAA